UCGCCAUGGUGGAGCGGGGCGACGCGGCGCCGCUGCUGCGCUGGGCCGAGGGCCCCGCCGUCUCGCCACCGCAGGCCCCGGAGCUGCAGGCUGGAGGCCGGGGCUGGGGCGGGGGCGGCCGGGGGGCCGCGGAGCCGCCGAGGCGGCGGGAGCCCGAGGAGCUGGGCGCCUCCGAGGUGCUGCUGCAGCCCGGGCGCCUGGAGCUGGGCGACGUGGAGGAGGACCAAGUGGUGGCCGUGUUCGUGGUCACCUUCGAUCCCCGCUCGGGAAACAUGGUGGAAUGGUGUUUACCUCAAGAUAUUGACCUUGAAGGCGUUGAGUUCAAGUCUAUGGCCAGUGGGUCCCAUAAAAUCCAGUCUGAUUUCAUCUAUUUCCGGAAGGGGCCCUUCUUCGGCCUGGCCUGCUUCGCCAACAUGCCCGUGGAGAGCGAGCUGGAGCGCGGAGCACGCAUGAAGUCCGUGGGCAUCCUGUCUCCGUCCUACACCCUGCUUUACCGGUACAUGCACUUCUUGGAGAACCAGGUUCGACACCAACUGGAGACACCAGGACACUACUCCCAUCUGGCUGCCUUCUACGAGGACAAGAAAGGGGUGCUCCAUGCUGGUCCCGGGAGGGGGGGCAGCCUGCCCCCCGUCUAUUGGCUGCCUUCCAUCCACCGGUACAUGUACCCGGAGAUGAAGAUCACACACCCAGCUGGCUGCAUGUCUCAGUUUAUUAAGUUCUUUGGAGAACAGAUCCUCAUUCUUUGGAAAUUUGCCUUACUUCGAAAGCGCAUUCUGAUAUUUUCUCCCCCUCCUGUGGGUGUCGUGUGCUAUCGAGUGUACUGCUGCUGCUGCCUGGCCAACGUCUCCCUGCCUGGCCUCGGGGGCACCAUUCCUGAGUCCAAGCCUUUCUUCUAUGUGAAUGUGGCUGACAUCGAGAGCCUGGAGGUAGAGGUGUCCUAUGUGGCCUGCACCACAGAGAAGAUUUUCGAGGAGAAGCGGGAGCUAUACGAUGUCUACGUGGACAACCAGAAUGUGAAGACACACCAUGACCACCUGCAGCCCCUGCUGAAGAUCAACAGCGCCGACCGGGAGAAGUACCGGCGGCUCAACGAGCAGAGGCAGACGCUGCUGUACUCCCAGGAGGUGGAGGGGGACUACGGCCCGUGUGAAGAGGACCUCUUUGUGCUGUUUUUCCUCGAGCAAAACAACCGGAUAUUCCAGACACUGCUGGAGGUGUCUGCCAGUCAAGACAAAACUCUGACAGCCGAGCAUGCCCGGGGCAUGGGCCUGGACCCCCAGGGCGACCGCAGCUUCCUCAUGGACCUGCUGGAGGCCUACGGCAUCGACGUCAUGCUGGUCAUCGACAACCCCUGCUGCCCAUAGGAGGGGAGUCGAAGCACAGCUUUCAACACCUCUCUGAAGAAGGCACAGGACAGCAGAAAG